AUGCUCGCUUCCCAUUUGUAUUCCAGAUCUUCUGUUCAGAAUGGGGCCUCCUCUUUACCACCUAUCAGAUUUGGCCCUUCCCUCCUACCAAGGAGACCGCUGGUAACAUUCACAUUUUUUACAUGGAAUUUUUCGAAAUAAAGGGGGCGGUAUAGGAUUCGAACCCCCGAUAUCACUGCUAAGACCCUCCGACUCGCCCACUCGAGUCGCUUAGCCCUUCUUUAAAUUGGUGUAAUCGGUGCAUUAGGCUUAGGUUCUACUUUAGAAAAUUGCACUCAUCUCUCAAAUUUGACACUUAAUCUUAGUGAUAAUUAGAUUAGUGGUUAAGGUGCAUCAGGUUUAGGUUCUGGUCUAGUAAAUUGUACUAAUCUCUCAAAUUUGACACUUCAUCUUAAUAGGAAUUAAAUUGAUGAUUAAGGUGCAUUAGGCUUAGGUUCUGCUUUAGCAAAUUGCACUAAUCUCUCAAAUUUGAAACUUUGUCUUAG